AUGACUGAUACUGAUGGUGAUGAUAAGACACCGGUAACGGAGAUCAAUGAGUACCAAGGGUAUACAUUGGCCCCAGGAACCCAGAUUGUGACAGUCGAUGGCAGCACAAUCUCAGGAGAGGAUUUUUUUGACAAGUUUAUCAGUAACAGACAACCUGUUAAGGUGGUGGGGGAACGUUUGGUUUUAUUAGACAGGCUCAAGUUGGCAAACAUUGUGAGCACAUUGAAAUGGGAUGACGACGAGGACGAGUUGCAAGUGGAAAGAAGCUGUGACGGAGGAUUUGGGUCUUCGCAGGAGAGAGUUUAUAUGACGUUUAAUGAGUUGGUGGAAAGGUUGCAGAGAGGAGAGGACGACUAUUACUUAACCACGCAGUAUGAACAGCUCGAACGACAUGAAAAGCCAUUUGGAUCAGACACAGAUUCAGACACAGAUUCAGAUUCAGAUUCGCCUUCGGCAUUGUCAAUGAAUGUCAGCAACAUCCAUGAUGAUUUUGAGGAGAUGAUUAAUGGAGAGGUGAAAGAAGCAGAAGCAGCGGCCAGAGUUGAAGAUUUGUACCAAGCACCAUUGACAAAUCUCACUGAUACCACGACUCUUCCACUACACCCUCGACUCAUCCCCACCUUGAUUCCGCAACAAAUCAACUUGUGGAUGGGGAGAACCAGACCUACAGAGUUUACUGUUGAUACUACACGUCCCUUGACACACUUGGGAAGACAAGUUCCAAUGCACGGAUCGAGUUCCGGGUUGCACCAUGACCAUGCCGACAAUCUCUACAUACAAGUUCAAGGACACAAAAAGUUUACGCUUUAUAGUCCAGCAGAUGCAACAAAGUUGUACACCUUUGGAAAGAUCCACAAGGUCUUUGAGAAUGGUGUAAUUGACUAUGAGAGAAACGAGGCAGCACCCAAAUGGAAUUCUAUACGCGAUGACGGUGCAAUUGUUGCUGACGUUUCGAGAUGGAAGGGUGAGGAGGUCGAUAAUGAAGAAGACCAAGAGAUUAUCCUGUCAUCUAGCACCAAUGUAGUAGAGCCACCAAGCUUCUCCAAAGUGCCUCCUGCGCUUCUUCACUUGGAGUCAAUGGACACCGAGACAAAAGAGCAUGUGAAAGUGUUUGCAGAAAAGUAUUUCCCGGGCAUUCUACAAUUGAAUAAGAUGGAAGUGUGGUUAGAAGAGGGUCAAAUGUUGUAUUUACCUGCCGGCUGGUUUCAUGAAGUGUCGAGCUUUAACGGAGGCCGCGAGGAUGUGCACAUUGCCGUCAACUACUGGUUUGUUCCACCAAACGCCAAGACUUUUUCUAAUCCAUAUAAGGACGAGUAUUGGAGAGAAGAUUGGAAGCUCAUAGAGGAAGCAAUAUCCUUACUCAAAACGUGA